UGGAGGAGGAGGCGGCUCGGGGAGAGCGAGCAGCGAGCUGGACCGCGGAGCGUGAGUGAGGGAGCCGAGCCGCCUGCCCGCCCGCCGCCGCCUCCCCUCCGUAAGCAGGAGCCCGGGCCGGGGCCCGGCACGCCGCCCCAGCCCCUCCCUCGUCGUCAGGCCGCGAGGGCAGCGCGCGCGAGCCAGGGGGAGGGAGAGCGAGCGAGCGAGCGAGCGCCGGGAGGAGGCGGCCGGACCGAGCGAGCGCCCGCGCGUGUGGCGUGAGGGGAAGCCGCUGCCCGCCCCCUUCGCCUUCCCUUCUCUCCCCCUCCCCGCUCCCCCCCCGACCGCGGAGCAGCACCAUGUCGGCGCCGGCGGCCAAAGUCAGUAAAAAGGAGCUCAACUCCAACCACGACGGGGCCGACGAGACCUCAGAAAAAGAACAGCAAGAAGCAAUUGAACAUAUUGAUGAAGUACAAAAUGAAAUAGACAGACUUAAUGAACAAGCCAGUGAGGAGAUUUUGAAAGUAGAACAGAAAUAUAACAAACUCCGCCAACCAUUUUUUCAGAAGAGGUCGGAAUUGAUCGCCAAAAUCCCCAAUUUUUGGGUAACAACAUUUGUCAACCAUCCACAAGUGUCUGCACUGCUUGGGGAGGAGGAUGAAGAGGCGCUGCAUUAUUUGACAAGAGUUGAAGUGACAGAAUUUGAAGAUAUUAAAUCAGGUUACAGAAUAGAUUUUUAUUUUGAUGAAAACCCUUACUUCGAAAAUAAAGUUCUCUCCAAAGAAUUUCAUCUGAAUGAGAGUGGUGAUCCAUCUUCAAAGUCCACCGAAAUCAAAUGGAAAUCUGGAAAGGAUUUGACGAAACGUUCAAGUCAAACACAGAAUAAAGCCAGCAGGAAGAGACAGCAUGAGGAACCAGAGAGCUUCUUCACCUGGUUUACUGACCAUUCUGAUGCAGGUGCAGAUGAGUUAGGAGAGGUCAUCAAAGAUGAUAUUUGGCCAAAUCCGUUACAGUACUACUUGGUUCCCGAUAUGGAUGAUGAAGAAGGGGAAGGAGAAGAAGAUGAUGAUGAUGAUGAAGAAGAAGAAGGAUUGGAAGACAUCGAUGAAGAAGGAGAUGAGGAUGAAGGUGAAGAAGAUGAAGAUGAUGAUGAGGGGGAGGAAGGAGAGGAGGAUGAAGGAGAAGAUGACUAAUGGAACACUGAUGGAUUCCAACCUUCCUUUUUUAAUUUUCUUCAGUCCCUGGGAGCAAGUUGCCGUCUUUUUUUUUUUUUUUUUUUUUUUCCUCCUCUUGUGCUCAUUCGCCCUGUUUUUUGAAGUCUCUUUUCUCUCCCUUUAUACCAUGGUUCUCAACUUAUUUUGGGGGGAAAUACCUUGAGCAGAAUACAGUGGGAAAAGAAUCUCUACCCCUUUCUGUUCCAAAUUCAUUUUUAUCCCUUCCUGUCUCAACAAAAACUUUAUGGAAUCAACACCACCGUGCUCUGUGGGAAAAAAGAAAAACCUUCUGCUCCCUUAGCUCUGCUGGAAGCUGGAGGGUGCUAGGCCCCUGUGUAGUAGUGCAUAGAAUUCUAGCUUUUUUCCUCCUUUCUCUGUAUAUUGGGCUCAGAGAUUACACUGUGUCUCUAUGUGAAUAUGGACAGUUAGCAUUUACCAACAUGUACCUGUCUACUUUCUCUUGUUUAAAAAAAAGAAAAAAAACUUAAAAAAAUGGGGUUAUAGAAGGACAGCAAAGGGUGGGUUUGAGAUGUUUGGGUGGGUUAAGUGGGCAUUUUGACAACAUGGCUUCUCCUUUGGCAUGUUUAAUUGUGAUGUUUAACGGACAUCCUUGCAGUUUAAGAUGACACUUUUAAAAUAAAACUCUCUCCUAAUGAUGACUUGAGCCCUGCCACUCGAUGGGAGAAUCAGCAGAACCUGUAGGAUCUUAUUUGGAAUUGACAUUCUCUAUUGUAAUUUUGUUCCUGUUUAUUUUUAAAUUUUCUUUUUGUUUCACUGGAAAGGAAAGAUGAUGCUCAGUUUUAAACGUUAAAAGUGUACAAGUUGCUUUGUUACAAUAAAACUAAAUGUGUACACAAA